AUGUCGUUUCGAGGUGGAGGAGGUACUGGGAAAGUACUAUUACCAUUCGGAUUAGAUUAUGCCGAUGUAGUAAAAUCAUCAGAAGAUGCAGGAAAACCACAAUAUGUGCUACCGGUUAACGGAGAACCAUCUGAAAUUGAGACGUCAGCAGCCAAACAAUCUAUACGUUUCACCAAAUUAGUUUCUGAUGGACCAUUCUACACUGGGAAGCUAGGACCCAAACUUCUAAAGAACAAAGACCGAGAGCUGCUGAAAAACAACAAAGUGGCGAAUGUAAAUGAAGACGGCAUUGAGCGAUAUGGAGACAGGUAUAAAAAAGUGCAAAAAAUUGGUCGUACAAUUGAAGAACAUCCAUAUCAGAUACAGUUUUUCCCGCAGGAGUUAUAUUCGGUGAUGGGAGUCUCCAACAAGAACAAAAAGAAGUUUUUGACGCUAUCAAAAUUUGCAUCAAAUGGAGGAUUGCGAGAUUAUUUGAGUGAAGAGAAGCAGGAAAGUGCCGAUGAGCAAGCAAAAGUACAGGCUUUGAAAGAGCAAAUGUUCAACCAAGUUGGUGUACAAGAUGAAGAUAAAGAAGGCAGCGGAGAAAAAGAAGACGUACCCAGUGAAGAAGAAGAUAUGGAUGAUGAUUUCGAUGACGAGGACGAAGAUGACGAUUAUAAUGCUGAAAAAUACUUUGACGACGGAGAUGAUGAUGGAAUGGACGAUGCGGGAGACGAUGAAGCGGCAUUUUAG